UCGUCAAUAACUAUGCUUGUAUGGGCUUGGACCAGCUGGAAAAGAACUUUCCCGUCCUGCACCAGUCUACAGAGGAGGUAUUGGGUCACCUGAAGGAUGCCUUCUUUCUGACCCUGGAUGACGUGCAACUGCGUGUGAAUGAUGAGCUGGACGGGAUACAGGGGCGCUGGGACAAGCUGACCGAUGCCACCUGGUACUACCUCCUGGCUCUGCAGGAGUCACAGCUGGGUCAGAUAGCCACCUCGGGCCUGGAUGACAUCCUCACACGCUCAGAGGAGGCCAUGGCCAAGUACAUGCCCCUGACGGCUCCCCUGCGCCUAGAGUGGGAGAGGAGGACACAGCAGUAUGAGGAUGAAGAUGGGGAGGAUGAGCCUGGGUUGUGGACGCGGUUCCGAGGCCUCCUGCUCUGUCUGAGCCUGCAGCUGUACCACCGCCUGCUGCAGCUCAGAAACAGGCUGGAGCAGGCCAUGGGGAUGCUACAGGAUGCUACCGAAAGGAUCGGCCUGAGCAGGUUGCUGGAGGUGGUAGGCUCUGUGCUCCAGAGACUACAGCUGCUCUACGUGUACCAGGUGUUGCGUCUAGACGUCGUGAGGAGGCUGGCCCUGGACCAGCUGAAGGCCCAGGUACGGGUCCUGGCUGAACUGGGGCCCGUCAAGCAGCUGUUGGGACUGCCUGCUCAGGUGCAGCUUGUGGUGGCUGACCUGCAGGAGCUGGGCAAGAUCCUACUGCAGCUGCUGGUCAACAGCACCCCUCUCUACAACAUGCUCCAGCAGCCAAGUGAUCAGGAUGUGGAGGACUUCCUCAACCACCAGGAAUCCAUGUCCUCUGACACCACUCGCCGCAGUUCUGCCAAUAGCCUCUUUCUCAAGGCCAUGGACGGCCGCCCACACAAACGCACAAGCUCGUAUGCCCGCUCUCAAAGGGGCUCAACCAGUGCCCCCAGUCCAGCCCCAGCCAAAUCGCCCAACAGCAGCCAUGGCAGCCAGAAGCCAGACGACCAGCCUCUCUCUUGCCUGGGCAGCCAGAAGCCAGAUGACCAGCCUCUCUCUCGCCGGGGCAGCCAGAUGCCAGAGGAUCAGCCUCUCUCUCUGGAGCUAGAUCCCCUGGAGCUCCCUUCUACAAGCACCGUGCUUCGCCCCUCCUCGGCUGCCGAAGUCCUCCUUGGCUCCAUCCUCCAGUACCUGAGCUCUGAGCCACCCUCGGAUGAGACCAUUAUACCCAAGGUGGAGACCACUGAGGACCUGAGCUCCAAGAAAGUCUCAGAUGAGGCCAUGGAGAGCACUGAGUACUACUCCGAUGCAAGAGACGUGAGCCCAUCCAGACGCAACAGCCUGUCUGCCCACUCCCACAGAAGCUCAUCAAGUGCUGGUAACCCGGAUGACCAGCCUCUCUCUCGCCGGGGCAGCCAGAAGCCAGAUGACCAACCUCUCUCUCGCCGGGGCAGCCAGAAGCCAGACGGCCAGCCUCUUUUUCUGGAGCUGGACCCCCUAAAGCUUCAUUCUACCAGCACUGUGAGUCACCCCUCCUUGGCUGCCGAGGUCCUUCUAGGUUCCAUCCUCCAGUACAUUAGCUCUGAGCCACCCUCAGACGAGCCUGUUGUACCCGAGGUGGAGACCACCAAGAACCACACAGAAGCCAGAGACGAGAGCCCACCCAGAUGCAAGAGCCUGUCUGUUCGCUCCCGCAGAAGCUCAUCAAGUGCUGGCAACCCAUCAAACGUCCGCCAGGGCAGCCAGAUGCGGAAUGAAGAGCCUCUCUCUGUGGAGUUCAACAUCCUGGAGGUCUCUUCUACCAGUGCUUUGCGCCGCCGAUCCUUGGCUGCCGAGGUACUCCUUGGCCCCAUCCUCCAGUACCUGAGCUCUGAACCAUCCUCAGACGAGACCGUUAUACCCGAGGUGGAGACCGCAGAGAAGAAUUCACACACAAAGGAUGAGAGCCCACCCAGACACCAGAGCAUGUCUCCCCGCUCCCGCAGGAGCUCGUCCAGUGCUGUUGUGCCUGAGGUGGAGACUACUGAGUACUACUUUGACGAAGGAAACGGCAGCCCACUCAGACGCAAGAGCCUGUCAAUCCGCUCCUGCAGGAGCUCAUCCAGUGGAGGCAACGCCCCAGCCCCUGGGCUAACCCCAGACAACCCACACAAUGACCGCCAGGGCAGCCAGAUGCAGGACAGCCUGGAGAAUGAAGAGCCUCUCUCUGUGGAGUUCAACACCCUGGCCUUCCCUUCUACCAGCACCAUGCGUCGCCGCUCCUGGGCUGUCGAGGUCCUCCUAGACCCCAUCCUGCAGUACCUGAACCCUGGGCAUUCAGAUAAGGCUGAUAUAGAAGAGGUCGAAAUACCUGUGGUGGAGGCCACAGAGCACUAAGAAGUCACCAGUGUCCUAGAAAUGGCCUCCCUUUGCAGGCCCAGGUGUAAGACUUAUUAGUUGAUUUUAGUUUGUGGGUACACAUAGGGGGGGGCCAUAGUUCAGCAGACAUAAUCUGUAAUCGGUCCAUUGGAAUCCAAAAUGUGUCAAUGUAUGUCACUGAAAGAUUCAGGCGUUCUUCUUCAUGUACAGACGCCAACCCACAUUUGUUUUGGUUUCCUAACUGAGCAUCAUGUGACAUUAUACACCUUGCACCCCAUUUAUAUAUUAGACCUAACUAUUCUUCAAUGAUGUGCUAACCUGAUGUUGCAUUCUGUUUUCUGUUACACUAAGUAGCUGUGAGAAACAUAGCUUGUCAUGAUUAAAGGUAGAAUAUGGAUUGGCCUAAAUAUGGAUGAUGGAAGGAUGUUGAAUGUGUUGAUUGAGGAAUGAGCAUCAAAUAGACAGUAGAAAAUGUGUCUUUAUUACAAUGUCAUAACAUGUUAUAUUUCAUAACAUAUAUAAUACAUGACACGUUUAGAUUGUCCUACAGUAUGCAUCAACAUAAUAUUGGUUGUAUUCAAGAAAUAAAUAACAUUUGUAUUGCUGCAGAGAAAUGUAUUGAGGUUAUGAAGAGUGAAAUAAAGUGCCAUUUCCCCAUCUACAGUACAGUACUCAGCUCAUACAUGUACUUUCCCAGAAUAACACAUUCAUGUUUCAUGCAUUGUAUGAAGGUGAACAUUACAACAUAACUUUUCCCAAAUAUUUAUUUCACAGAAAUUAAAUCGUUUUAUACACAUUAGAGAGAAAAUAGUAGACAGAAUUCUCUCUCAUAUUAAUAUAUUCAUUUAUUUACAAUUCUCAAACAAACGUGUGCACAGCACAAAUAAGUAUCAAGUCUGCUAGACCAAGUCUGCUAGACCU